UCUUCCUUUCUCUUUAAACACUAGACAAUUUGUUUUCAGGUCACAUAUCAAAAUCAAGCCAGCUUCACUUUUUUGACUUCCUCUACCUCCCCGUCGUUUUUAUGUUUAGUCUGUCAGCUAUUUUAAGGUUUCCUAAAGGCGGCGUAUCGCGUUCUUGGUGAACAUAUAAAAAAAAAGAAAAAUCAAUGCAGAAAUCGUCAAAAACUAGAACUGGAGAAGAAGAGCUGGACCUGACGAAGACGAGAAGGUGACACGUAAAGAGUCAACUAUGAUUCAUUCAAAUCACUCCAUCUAUGCGGUGUUCUGCUGCUGCUGCACCGUCCACUCCAGGGAGUUUACCACCCGUAUGGAGUUGGAAGGAGACACCUCCCUCUGCUUUCACGGCAGACGCCGCCCUGGACACGCCCGCCAGGUUGACAGAUCAAGAAAGAAGCUCCCUCUCCCCCCUCCUGAGGGUGAGGAUGGAGAAGGGGCGGGCUUGUUAACAGUGGUGGCCAUGUACGAUUUUACCGCCAAAGAGGAGACCGAUCUCACGCUCAAACGGGGGGAGGAGUACGUAAUCCUGCACAAACAGGACCAGCUGUGGUGGAGAGCUCAGGACAAACACGGGAAUAAAGGUUUCAUCCCCAGUAACUACGUGACGGAGAAAAACCAGAUCGAGGCAAAUCCGUGGUACUGCAAGAACAUCACUCGGACUGAAGCCGAGCAGCUUCUGAGACAGGAAUGCAAAGAGGGUGGUUUUGUUGUGCGAGAGUCCAGCCAGAGGGGAGUCUACACUGUUUCUGUCUACACCAAGACAAUAAGUGAUAACGGGGAUGUUAGACAUUAUCAGAUCAAACUCAGUGACACUGGACAAUACUUCUUGGCUGAAAAAUACACCUUCAACUCAAUACCUGAAGUCAUACACUAUCACGAACACAAUGCUGCAGGUCUAAUAACCAGGUUACGGUAUGCAGUGGGGUCGAUGGGAAGGUGUGUUCCUGCCACGUCUGGAUUCAGCUCAGAGAAGUGGGAGAUCAACCCCAGCGAGCUGACCUUCAUGAAGGAGCUGGGCAGCGGGCAGUUUGGAAUGGUGAGACUCGGAAAGUGGAGGGGUCAGUACAAAGUGGCCAUUAAAGCCAUUAGAGAGGGAGCCAUGUAUGAGGAGGACUUCAUCGAGGAGGCCAAGAUUAUGAUGCGGUUGUGUCAUCCCAAGCUGGUGCAGCUGUAUGGUGUUUGUCUGCAGCAGUGCCCUCUGCUGAUUGUGGCUGAGUUCAUGGGGAACGGCUGCCUGCUGAACAUCUUAAGGCAGAAAGGCAGAACGCUGCAGGACGCGUGGCUCCUGUCCACGUGUCAGGGCAUCUGUGAGGGGAUGGAGUACCUGGAGUCACACAGCUUCAUCCACAGAGACCUGGCAGCCAGGAAUUGCCUUGUUAAUGAGCACAAUGUGGUGAAGGUCAGCGACUUUGGGAUGACUCGGUACGUUCUAGACAACCAGUACACAAGUUCUAACGGUGCCAAGUUCCCUGUGAAGUGGUCCCCUCCUGAGGUUCUCCACUACAGUAAAUAUAGUAGCAAAUCUGAUGUCUGGUCCUUUGGUGUGGUGAUGUGGGAGGUCUACUCAGAGGGUCAGACUCCAUUUGAAAACAGCUCAAACCUGGAAGUGGUUAACAACAUCACCAGAGGAGUCAGACUUUACCGACCGUAUCGCGCUACACAGCUGCUGUACACCAUCAUGUACCGCUGUUGGCACGAGAGACCUCAGGGUCGGCCAUCUUUCUCAGAGCUGUUGGAGGAAAUCCGAAAACUGGCCGAAAAUCCCGAAUAGCACAGAAGAUUGCUGUUUUUCUAACUUGUUAGUUGUUAUGUUUGUACAUAUAUUCUGUUUCAUCAUUAUAUUUUUAUAAUUCUAAUAUGUUAAAGAGAUACUUUUACAAUUUUUUAAAAUCUUGUUUUUGUUCCUCAUACAGACAUAGAAACAAAACAGAUUUUAUUGUAAUUAUAUUAACACAGAAACAUGAUAAAAAUGUAAUUAUGUACAUACAUCUGCACCACUUAGAAAUUACACUGUACUUAUUUUAGCAUUAAGCUGCAUUAGAAAACUCACAAACAUUUUAAAAAGCAGUUGUUUGACGUUUGCUACGUGAAUUUUUGCUUUUGAUGUCCUCUUCAAUAAAGUGAAAUCUUAUGUAAUAUACAUUUUGUUUCAAAAUAGUGUUGUAUAACAUUUGGUUCUUAAGUCAUUUUAAAACAUUUAGCUGUUUUUAGAGCUGUUUACUGUGAAAUAAGAAGCAUGCUUUGAAUAAUUUUGAAACCCAUUUAAAGCAACUUCAUACUGUUUACUGCAAUAUCAGCUCUUGACAACAGUUUGAAACUAUUAAAAAUUUAUUUAGACCAAAAGCAAAUCUUUACUUUCAAGAAACCAAGUUUAAGUUUGGCAUUUUUCAUGAUAAAAUGACUAAAUGUUGAAUUGUAAUCAAAAUAGUUAUUUUUCUCUUGAUUUACUGACUCAUUGUUUUCCU